UAACAUUUACAUGUAUGUAUGAUAUUAUUGAUUGAGAGCUCUUCUUAUUAAUUACGAGUAUUUGCAAAUGGAGGAUUUGUUAUCUCAGAAAGUUGAAGUAUCUGAUCUCAACAAAGGAGACCAUGUAUACACUUGGAGAAAGUGUGGAUUCUACAGUCACCACGAUGCAGGCAUCUUCAUUGGAGAUGGCAAAAUCAUUCAUUUUGUGCAAACAAAUAAGUCUGCAAUUCUUGCUUCUUCCUCUGAGAGCUCAGAUCAUAGUGGUGAAUACACUCCUUGCCUCGACGAGUCGUAUUGUAGAUCAGAGACAGUACCCGGAAGUGGAGUAAGGAUUACUUGCAUAGCUUGCUUCGUUAAAAAUAAAAAACGCUUCCUUUACAGAUACAAAUACAAUGCAAGUAGCAAGUUCCUUAUUGCCAAAGUUAGAGCUGGAACAUGCACCACAGCAAGUUCAGAUCCACAAGAAACAGUUAUGCAUAGAGUUAAUUAUUUGUACAAAAAUGGGUAUGGAGAGUAUCAUCUGAAGAAUAACAACUGUGAAGAUUUUGCACUUUAUUGCAAGACCGGUCUAUGGAGCAAUGAUAAAGAUCGUCAAGGGAGGAGUAGCCAAGCCAAUAUGGUAGACGGAUACCUGGAAUUAGUUGAAGAGCUUAUGCAGGGAGGUCCGAUAGAUCAUGCAUCACUUAUACCGCGGUUAGCAAUGGUUGUACCAAAAUCUUUUGCCAAGAGAGAGAAGAAUGAUUUGGGCAAUCGCAGGGAUGUUGUCAAGGUUGAUGUAAAGGAAUUGUCUUCUUUUAUAAGCUCUUUAAAUUAAUGAAAGGUAUACAAAUAGAUGCAUAAUAUAAUAACUAUGUAAACUAUACGAUUUGGUAGUAUAUUUGUGUGUGAAUUAUAUGAAUCAAAUAAAUGUUAGAAUAUGAUCACGUACGUAAAA